UCUCAUAAUUUUUAAUUUUCACACAAUAAAUCAUAUUAGCAAUUUGCAAAAUAUUAUAGGUCUGCCAAGCAAACGACUACGCAUAAACUGUCCAGGCCGAUCACAGACUCACAUUGAUACGCAUAAAACUUCUAAGCUAGCUAGACAGAGUCCGUGGCUGCAGUGAACAUGGUGAGUUUGAAACUCGUGAUUAGCACAGAAAAAAGCAAAGUGCUAUAUGCUGAAGCGGGCAAGGAGUUCGUGGACUUCCUCUUUAACAUUCUGGCCCUGCCGGUCGGGACUUUCAUUCCACUUCUCAAUCAAGAAAUGGAAGGCAGCUUGGGAAACAUUUACGAUAGCAUUCAAAAUAUAAGUCCCACUUACCUCAAACCAAACGUGAAAGACUCUCUCCUGACGCCCAAAGUAUACAUCUCUGGUGAUACUGGAGGGCUUCUCCAAUUGCCAAACGUUAUAAAGUCAACACACAGGAAAUUGUAUGGGUGUAGUAGUAGCUGCUUCUCCAUGUCCGAUGAUUCCGAAACAAUCUGUUGGAUCCAUAGAAGAUUCACCGAUUCUGUGUUAAAAUAUAGAGGCACACCAAGCUCAAACAAUCCGUACUUCUCCAGGGGUCAAACUGAUGGAGGGUACGUGGAAGAGUUGGUUACGUACAUGGUGAUGGAUGAUCUGGCUGUGAAACCAUUGUCCAGUACAGCUUCUAUUAUCAAUCUUCUUGACAAGUUUAAUGUCAAAAAUAUGGGAGCUCUUGAGGAGAAAGUGGUUGAAUUGGGCAUGGAUGAGGGUGUGAAAUUGCUUCAGACUUCACUACUAUCGAAGAGUGUUCUCACUGAUGUCUUCCUCCUCCCAAUGUUGGAACUUGAAACAGAGAAAUCAAGGCAUUGAUGCAGAAGUAGAAUGAUGGCACUGUUACAUCUUAUUGGUGUUUUCAUUUCUAAAUGAAGGAUUCUUUGGGAUUGCUAAGAUUUUUUUUGUUGCAAAUAUGUUUUAAAUGUAGUUAAAUUUGGUGUGGCAAUGUAUGUCCAAUGAUGG